AAGUUGGAGCUUGGAAGCCGCGCGUUGCACAUAUAUCCUAAGGAGCGAAGCUUCCUUUUUACGCGGCCAACAUUUUUUUAUUAUCUUAUUAUUUAUUAAAUUAUUAUUAUUUAAAUUCGCGUUCUGUAAUUGUUAUUGUGUUAAUAACUAGUUUUGCUAAAUAACAAUAAUAAUAAUUAUUAUUAUUAAUACUCUUAUUUUAUUUUUGUGUUUAAAUGAUAAGUGCCAAAGUGUUUGAGUGAAUCUUUGAUUGUUGUUCUUAUUUACAUCUUAAAAAAUAUUAUACGCUUGUACCCUACACCGUUGUCACUACUACAGCUACAAAGACCACUACUACACUACUUGAAACGACUCCAUCCAACGACAAGGACCAAUGUAAGAAAAUUUACACCAUCAUACUCAUCUUGUACCUGACGUUUUUGCACCUGCAUUUUUUUAAAAUUAUCCCAAAAUGUCACAAUCUGUCACGUUAAAGACAAUAAAGAAGAUAAAAAUGAAGCAACUGACGAAAUUGAUAUUUAUGAUUCUUGUUUGUGGCGGUUACUCUAUGCCUUCUAGUCACUCAUCAGUGCAAACAAUAAGCACCAGUGAUUCAGAGACAAUUAAAAAUUUAAAUAAUAUUAAUAAAGGAGAAAAAGCUGCCCAAAUAAAUAUUUGUAAUCUUGAACAGAGACAGGUACCUAUUUUUUGUACUUGUGACGCUGACAAAAUCGGUAAUGCCACAGAAGCUAACUGUGUUAUACUGGACGUCUUGAAACCUGAUGACAUAAUAUGGAAUUAUUUUAUGUCACAACCAUUACUUGAAAAACUGUCAUUUAAAGUCAGAAUUGGUGGUAUCAUGUCGCAUGUCCCAACCAAAGCCAUUAGAUCGCUGACUCAGUUAAAGCAGAUUAAUUUCAGACAUGCUAACUUUGAAGAAAUAACCGAGGGUGCAUUUGCUAAUGAGCCUAGUGUUAUUGUUGUUGAUAUUGCUGAGUGUGGUAUCAAGCAAUUGAAAUCACACGCAUUUGUAAACAUGACUAAUAUCGAUUUUAUCAACCUCGAUGACAAUCAAAUUGUCGAGAUCAAUAGGGAGGUCUUUGUCAAUCUUCCGGUGUUAAAGAAGCUCUUUAUAAACCGUAACAAUAUUACAUCUCUUCAUGAUCGGGCAUUCAAGCAUUUAACAUCACUUCUAGAACUCGAACUGAGUAACAAUAACAUAGAAGUGAUAACAACUGAACAUUUUAUUGGAUUAAAGUCACUCGUGAGCCUGAGUUUGCGUUCGAAUAAAAUAGCUAUGCUUGGAGAACAUACAUUUAUUGAAAUGCAAGAAUUACAAAAACUGGAAAUAGAUAAUAAUCUUAUCGAGUACAUUCAUCCUAAAGCAUUCGAAAACAUGCGUAAUUUGCGUACAUUAAAUUUGAGUUCUAAUAAACUUAAAUAUUUGGCAGCAGAUAUUUUUACCGGUGCACUAUCGAUUAAUAAUCUUGAUUUACAGAACAAUACACUCGUAAGAGUUACAUUUGACAAUAUAAAACCGAUUAUAACAAACUUUUAUGGAGUUUCCAGUUACUUGUCCCUCGAUGAUAAUCAAUUAACGUGUGACUGCAAUUUGGCUUGGAUUAAGGGCUUGAGAAAUGAAACUACUAAUCAAAAACUUAAAGAUUCGCUUGAUUUGUUGACGUGUUUCGAAGAGCAGAAUGGAACCCUUCAAGCUAGCCAGACGAUGGAAAAUGAUAAUGCCCAUGUAACGUCGGGAAAAUCUAAGACUGGGGAAAUUUCUGACAUCAAUAAGUCGAAGGGAAAGCAUCGUAUACAUGAUGCUAACAACUACAUGAAAGAUAAUGCUAAUAAUGAUAAUGAGCAUUCGAGCUACUUGGAUUCAACGUCUAAAUUUAACCGGGAAAAGCUCCAGUUAGUAAAUGGAAAAGUGGGCUACAUGAAGAAUCUCUUUGAUGUGAAAGUAGAGGAACCGUGUCCUGAACAAUCGAGGGAUGAUCCAAUGGCAUCUGAGCAACCCUCAAACCACCGGGAAAAUGCAGCUGUCGCUUCCUCAGCUUCUACAACUUACGUACCAAACAUAGCUACGAUAGGUCAAUAUCUUUACUUUCUUUCGUUACUCAUCAUCGUAGUUGUCUAAAAUGUGCUAUUUCAUCAUCCUUGACGGAUCAUCAAUCGUUUAUCAAUUUCCGCGCACAUAUAAUACCAAAAAUAUUAUAUAUAAAAAAAAAAAACAAAGUCUAA